AUGUCUGGCUUCAGUCCGGAGCUCAUCGAUUACCUGGAAGGGAAGAUCUCAUUCGAGGAAUUCGAGAAACGCCGAGAGGAGCGACAAGCCAAUGAGAAGAAGGGUGAAUCAAAGGAGGCCGAUGCAGACAGAGCAGAACGUGACGCUGAUGAUCCCAAUGUGCCGUCCACAUCUCAGCAGCUGUACUCGGAGAACACGCAGGGCACUGAAGAUACAGAUGAAACAUCAGAUGGCGUCAGCAAGUCCGUUCAGCGUGCGUUUGCGUCGAUGCUCGGAGAAGAUGACGGAGAAGAGGAGGACGAUGAAGACGAAGGAGAAGAUCGUUCUGGACAGCUCUCUGCUGGGGAUGUCUUUGCCUUGGAAAUGCAACUGGACAGAGAAAACAAGAAGAUGAUGAAGGCUAAAAGGCCACGCAGCAAACUGCCGAGAGCUCUCAGGGGCCUCAUGGGAGAGGCCAACAUCCGCUUUGCUCGGGGAGAGCGGGAAGAAGCCAUUAUAAUGUGUAUGGAAAUCAUUAGACAAGCUCCUCUGGCCUAUGAGCCUUUCUCUACCCUGGCGAUGAUCUAUGAAGACCAGGGGGACAUGGAGAAGUCUCUGCAGUUUGAGCUGAUCGCUGCCCACCUAAACCCCAGUGAUACGGAGGAAUGGGUGAGACUGGCUGAGAUGUCCUUAGAACAGGAUAACAUCAAGCAAGCCAUAUUUUGUUACUCCAAAGCGCUGAAGUACAACCCUACAAACGUCCGUUACUUGUGGGAAAGAUCGAGCCUGUAUGAGCAGGUGGGAGAACACAAACUGGCCAUGGAUGGAUAUCGUCGGAUCUUGAAUCUGUUGUCUCCGUCCGAUGGAGAUCGCUUCAUGCAGUUGGCAAGAGAUAUGGCUAAGAGUUAUUAUGAAACAAACGAUGUCGCCUCCGCCAUCAUCAUCAUCGAAGAAGCUUUUUCCAAACACCAGAAUCUGGUUGCGAUAGAAGAUGUGAAUAUUGCAGCCGAGCUGUAUAUCUCCAACAACCAGUAUGACAAAGCUCUGGAGGUCAUAACGCAGUUUUCCGGAAUCACUCUGAACAAGAAAGAGUCCACGAGCCCCGAGGAGAGUUCAGAAAUUGUCAUCUGUCGUGUUCCGGAAGGCGUCCCGAUUGAUAUCACAGUGAAGAUGAUGCUGUGUUUGAUUCACCUGAAUAUCCUAGAACCUGUUGGUCCGAUGCUUACGUCCCUAAUGGAGCAGAAUCCGGAGGAAGUGGGGGAUUUGUAUCUAGACGUCGCUGAGGCGUAUCUUGAUGUUGGAGAAUAUAAUUCUGCUUUGCCUCUCCUGAGCGCUUUGGUGUGUUCCGAAAAAUAUAAUAUGGCUGUGGUGUGGCUGCGCCACGCAGACUGUCUGAAGGCUCUGGGUCAUAUGGAAAAAGCUGCGGAGAGUUACACCAAGGUGGUGGAAAUGGCGCCAUUACACUUGGAUGCCAGGAUCUCCCUUUCUACUCUUGAACAACAGUUGGGACAUCCGGAGAAAGCUUUGGAGGCUUUGGAACCAAUGUAUGACCCAGAUACAUUAGCACAAGAUGCCAAUGCUGCCCAGCAGGAACUUAAGCUUCUUCUGCAUCGGUCAACACUUCUCUUCUCUCAGGGAAAGAUGUAUGACUAUGUGGAUACUUUACUCACCAUGCUUGCCAUGUUGCUGAAGGUGAGUGUUUAUUGGAGAAGGAGCUCCAAGAUCAUCACAUUUUUUUUUUUUUUUUUAAACCAAAAACCAUUGGUAACCAAAAAAAAGUGUCAAGAGAUAAAAUUUCUGCAAGUGAUGAACAGGAGACUGCAACUUCUGACGCAAAAGCAAUCUUCACUGUACUGACCAGCGUGCUCAACAAGGACGACUGGUGGAAUCUCCUUCUAAAAGCCAUUUACGCCCUUUGUAACCUCAGCCGAUAUAAAGAAGGGGAGCUGCUUGUCGAUUCCUCCCUGGAAUAUUAUUCCUUUUAUGAUGACCGGCAGAAAAGGAAAGAGCUGGAAUAUUUUGGCCUCUCCACUGCUAUUCUUGACAAGAAUUUCAGAAAGGCGUACAACUAUAUAAGGCUGAUGUUAAUGGAGAAUGUGAACCGACCGCAGCUCUGGAACGUCUUCAAUCAGGUGACGAUGCAUUCCCAGGACGUGCGGCACCAUCGCUUCUGCCUGAGGCUCAUGCUGAAAAAUACCGACAAUCUGGCCCUGUGUGUCCUGAGUGGCCACAAUGCUUUCGUGUCUGGAAGCUUCAAGCAUGCGCUCGCUCAGUACGUUCAGGCCUUCCGAAUUAAAAUCAGACGACCCCAUGCACUGCCUGUGUAUCGGAUUAACUUUCAUCCAUAUGGCAUCACAAAAGUUUGUGCUAAAAAGUACGCUCUCCUUGUACAGGGAUUUUCCUUUUUGAAUCGUUAUCUUGACCUGCGCAGCCCUUGCCAGGAAACCUAUUACAAUAUUGGCCGUGCCCUGCACCAGAUGGGUCUGACGUACCUUGCUAUUCAUUACUACCAGCAAGCCCUGGAGCUUCCAGCACUCCAGCUCGAGGGGAUUACCGAUGACCAAGUGGACCUAAGGAGAGACAUUGCCUUCAAUCUUUCUCUCAUUUACCAGAGCAGUGGCAACACGGAAAUGGCUCGAAGACUUUUGUAUACUCAUUGUAUCAUAUAG